AACUGACUGUGCCGGGGAGGCCGCAGAAGCGCUGGCAGAUGCAGGGGAGCAAGGAGCGGAGGGAUCCCAUCCAGGACAGCGGAGAGCGGCCGCCUGUCCCUUUGGGCCCAGCCCCAGCUGCCGAGGCCUUGUGGGCCGACCUGCAGGCCCUGCUUCCCGCCACCAAGGAGGGCUUGCAGCUGGACUUCAGGGAGGACGUGGAGAGCAGCCUCCUGCUCAUGCUCCAGCAGGCGGCAGAUCUGCUCUACAGUGGCCAGGGCCUCGCCUCCCACUGGGGCAGCAGCAGCACCACCACCUGCCUGCACCUGAGCGAGGCAAUCCUGGACUACUCUUGGGAAAAGCUGAACAUUGGGACGUGGAGGGAGGUGGACAAGGAGUGGCGUCGCAUCUACGCCUACGGCUGCCUGUUCAAAGCGCUGGGCUUGUGCCGUUCCGGAGGAGCCGUGGCUGAGGCCGUGCGCACCUGUGACCUGGGGCUGCUGAUGGGGGCCUCCAUCUUGGACAACAUCUUGGCCAGAAUGAUCAGCGUCCUUCAGCGGCAUCUGCCCCGUCCCCAAAGACCUGCGGCUGGAGACGUAGAGGAGCCCCUCCCAAAGAAAAUCCACCUGGCCUCCAAAUACCCAGAGGUCCCUGCUAUAAAAACAGAAGAGAGGAUUUUGCAGCUUUGCUGCCCGUCACUGGAACAUUUCCGCGAUAACUUCCUGCUCCCUCAAAAGCCUGUGAUCUUGGAAGGGAUCGUUGAUCACUGGCCCUGCAUGAAGAAGUGGAGCGUGGACUACAUCCGCCAAGCAGCUGGCAGCCGCACCGUCCCUGUGGAGGUGGGUUCGCGCUACACGGAUGAGGAAUGGUCCCAGACGCUUAUGACUGUCGACGACUUCAUCAGCCGGUACAUCGAGAACGAGGACCACACUGGAUACCUUGCCCAGCACCAACUCUUUGACCAGAUCCCAGAGCUGAAGCGGGAUGUCGGCAUCCCAGACUACUGCUGCCUGGAGGGCGAGGAAGACGACAUCACCGUCAACGCCUGGUUUGGUCAGCAGGGGACCGUUUCGCCCCUCCACCACGACCCCCAGCAGAAUUUCUUGGUCCAGGUCAUGGGCCGGAAGUACCUGCGCCUCUACUCUCCCGCCCAGUCAGGAAAGCUCUACCCCCACGAGGGCCACCUGCUCCACAACACCAGCCAGGUGGACGUGGAAGAGCCCGACUUGGCGAGGUUCCCCCAGUUCGAGACGGCUCCCUUUCAGGCCUGCAUCCUCAACCCGGGCCAGGUGCUCUUCAUCCCAGCCCAGCACUGGCACUACGUGCGGGCUCUGCAGACCAGCUUCUCCCUCAGCUUCUGGUGGUCGUAGCCCA